AUGCAUAUAAAAAGAACACGAAAGAAGGAGUGUGACGCAAAAAAAGGUUACAUCUGCAACUCGGUACUUUUCACACCUCUGGUGGCUAACAAAAUUGAUGCGGAUUUGAAGGUGACACAGAGAAGCUUUAACUUUGGGAAGAAGCAAGGAAUCCCAUUUUACUUUGUAUCUGCGGCUGAUGGGACGAAUGUAGUUAAGAUGUUCAGAGAGAUGAUCACGAGAGCAGUGGAGUACAAGCAAAACCCCAGCGACUUCAUGGAUGAAGUGUUGCAGGAAUUAGAGAACUUUGACCUGGAGGAGAAGGAAGAUCCCGAAGCGGAUGAGGUUGGAUUGAAAACAGAAAGUCCUGAGUUGGAGUGACCAACGGUUACGGAUCCUCCUAAACCUCUAGCCUCUACUGGCACAUUGUUUGUCCUUAUGUCACAUUCGUUGUCUACUUUGAUACCUAUGUUUUCUAACUCUAUCACUGGAGGUUGGAGUUUUUAGUCAGGUUUUCAGUCACUGCUCUCCAUCUGUCCAGUGACAUUGGCAGGGAAAUAAACCUGGUGGAAUAAUUAGGAAUUGUGUUGUUUACCAAGUUUAUUCAGCUGCUGUUUUAAACUUGUCAUUCAUACUUUGUAUCUACUACAAUACUAAUGAACAAUUCUACAAUGAGGCUGAAUGUAUUUUAAUUUGUAAUAAGAAUGUGAAGCAUUGGAAACUGUCUCACAGAUCAAAGAGAACGUGUGAUUAUGAUUCAGAUUUGCUGCUGUUCUCGAUGUGUGUGUGUUUCGUUGUGUGCAGUGCCAGCAGUGAGCAGCCUCAGAUGGCUGCUUUUGUUGCAUUAGUUUUAGGAUGUAAAGUCUGUUUUCACUACACUUUUAAAUGAAAACUUAAUGUACCAUGUAACCCAAUUGUUAUCCUGUGUCUCUUUCUGACUUGCUGUGGUCCAGAAGUGGGCAUUAAGUCGUGAAUUUCAGCAUAUUAUAAAAUGCAACAGCCAGCCGUACGUGAGUAGACAGCAGUUGCAUUCAUCUCUUGUGAAAUGCUCAGCCAGCUGUGUCCUCUCUGAUGGAUUUGUGAAGGCAGCACUCAUUCAUAUUAGCAGGAAUGUUACCACAAAGAACAUAAA